GCUAAUGAAAUACCAAUGAGUCAACUAGCGGCCUCUAUGAGAAAACAGAAUGCAACAUGGCAUGCAUUCAUCCGGUCUUGGGUUUCUAAGCCGAAAAAGGUUCUACAGCUUCCAUGGGUCUCUUUGCCAAACUCUUUGGUUAAUUUAAGUCUAGCUGGGUGCAAUCUAUCUGAGGUUGCUUUUCCGAGGGACUUGAGAAAUUUAGUGAUGUUGAAGGACCUAAACCUUAGUAAAAAUCCAAUCAGUUGCCUUCCAGAUUGCAUCAGAACUCUUUCCAGGCUCAACACACUUGAAUUAAAUUCUUGUGCAAUGCUCACGUCUCUCAUAGACCUACCUCGGGUCCAUGAUUUGCAGGUGAGAUACUGCACUUCCCUGGAAAAAGUAACAUAUCUAUCAGUAGGAUGCCGUGCGAAACUUCACCCUUCAACUGGCUGUAAAAAUCUCACUUAUAUGGAGGGAAGCUUCAAGUUAGAAGCCAUGAGAGGAGUUGAGAAAACAAUGAAGUCAUUGGAAUUAAGCAUGUGGGAUUCUGUGGGAAACUCUCAAGUGAAAUUGUAUAAUAACUCAACUAAUACAGAGAGUAGAGGACCAGCAAAGGCAUUGUUUGAAAGAGGACUGAUUAGCCUAUUUCUUCCGGGGAGCAAGGUUCCUAAUUGGUAUUGUCACAAAAAUGUAGGAGAAGCUAUAUCUUUCUCUGUCCCUGCACUUCCAGAUCUCAAGAUCCAAGGCUUAACUGUGUGCUCAGCCUACACAAUUGACUGGAAAGUCUGGAUUGAGGUGGUCCAAUUCUAUUUGAUAAUCCAUAAUGAGCAGAAGAACGUGAAACUGAUUUAUAGCCCGACUUGCUAUGGUCUUCCUGAAGCCCACAAAGAAAUGUUAUGGUUCAGCCGCUGGAAAUUUCGGAGUCAGCUGGAUGCUGGUGACACACUGAAUGUCACAGUGCUUACUAUGACUGGUUUUAACAUCAAGGAGAUCGGUAUUCACUUAAUGCAUGGUGAGCAAGUAGACAUGGUUUCUGACUUAAACAGUCAAGAAAUGCAGCGAGAUUAUCCUUAUCAGGGGAUAAUCCCUGCCGAACGUCAAGGGCUUGUAGAUUUAUACUGCUUUGGCCAUAUGGGGAUUGGAUUGGACUUCAUUUUGCCAUAUAUACCAUGAGAUCCAUGAGUGGGAAUAUACCCGAUCAAAUCUUUGGAGGAGUUAGAUGGAACAUAUGAUGUCUUCUUAGCCAUCUCCACAAGUAUAUUAUUUUCUCUUUGAUGCAAAUGUAACAGAACUAAAUGGAAAUCAAUCAAUCUAGGAGCUGAAGCUCGAAGAAGGUGGCUGCUAUAUCAGGGAAUUACCGAGAAAAAUAGUUGUGAUUAAGAAAGAGAAUUGAGAGUUGUUAUUAUCUUCAAUGUAAUGCCUCAUUUACAUGUUUAUCAACUAUAUAAAGCUCAGCUGACGAAUCUAGAAUGCUACUGUUAUUUGCUAA